AUGGAAAAACCAAAACGAUCGUUUAUACAGUUUGCAGAACAAAAGCUUGGAAGAGUACCCAAGUUUUUCAUUUAUGCAGUGCUUGAAUGGAUGAUCAUCUUAAUUCUGUUCAUCGACGGCUUUCUUGCAUUUCUAGCCAAUGAAUUAGCCAAGUGGUUUGGUUUGCCUAUUCCUUGCUUGCUUUGCACCAGAAUUGAUCAUGCUCUCGUCGGGAGAAAUGAACAGUUCUAUUACAAUGAUUCCAUAUGUAACAGCCAUAAGAAGAACGUUUCAUGUCUUGCAUUCUGUCAUGCUCACAAGAAGCUUUCUGACAUUAGAAACUUGUGCGAAAACUGUCUUCUGUCUUUUGCAACUGAGAAAGAAUCUGAUGGCCAUACUUACAAGUCCCUUCUGGGGAUCUUAAACAAGGAUAUUGAACUGUUUCUUGACGAAGAGCAGCAAGUUCAUCUGUCAUUGCCUACUGGAACAAAAGAUGAAGUGGUUCAGAAGAGCAAAGAUCAUCGUUGUGCAUGUUGUGGGGAGCCUUUGAAGCUCAAUUCCUCCGAUUCUAAAUGGAAGGCUUCUUCCCUUGCUCCUGCCCACAAUUCCGAUUUGUCACACAUAAAAUGCUCUCCUGAUCUCAACCUUACAUCCAAUUCCAAUGAGUCAGAUGUCAAAGAAACAACCAAUGAAAAGCCAUUAGAGGACCAUGCCAAGGUCAGUACCAUACCAUCGCUGAUGGAUGCUGAGGAAGAUAAGACCCCUAACUUCAUAUGGGGAAACAAAUUUUUCGGAAUCUCAUUAUCGGAUUCGGCAGCAAACAGUCCGAAGUGGACAAAAAUUCCAAGGAAAUCAAUGCUUGAGAGGAUGGAGUUGGCUUCGGAAACUGCAGAGGGACAAGUACCAAAUCAGGAAGCCAAAGAUGAUAUCUUGCAGCAUCUGAAGGGACAAGUUCGUAUGGAUCGCAGGUCGUUGAUGUCAUUGUACAUGGAACUGGAUGAAGAAAGAAGCGCAUCAGCCGAAGCAGCUAAUAAUGCAAUGGCCAUGAUCACUAGGUUGCAAGCUGAGAAGGCCGCCGUUCAGAUGGAGGCUUUACAAUACCAAAGGAUGAUGGACGAACAGGCAGAAUAUGACCAAGAAGCCCUACAAGAGAUCUACAACUUGCUGGUCAAAAGAGAAGAAGAAGUUCAAGAUUUACAGGCUGAACUUGAUGCUUAUAGACAAAAGUAUGGAUUCUUAAAGGAUUUCGACUUUCCAAGACAAAAAGGCAAGACUGAUGUAGGCAGUCAUGUGUUGAAACUACUAUCUUACUCUUUCAAUGGAAGAAUUGAAUGUGGCGGCCCUACUAGGAGACUUAAUCAAGGUCCCAACACUGGAGGGAAAACACAUAACCUUGACCACUCUGAUUCGAUGCAAGGUAUGAAUAUGAUGGGAGGCGAAGAAUCGAAGAAAGUCAUUCGAGGUGUUCGCCCAUUGGGACGGUUAAAAAAUAUUAACAAGAGUGGCCAUAUUUCCAAACUCAGUGAGGGCGUUUCCUCAAAGUCUAGUAGUGAAGAUGAAUUUGACAUGGAAGAUGAAACAGGUAACAUGCCUACUCUAUGAAUGAUGAAGCUUUAGGAUUUUCAAAACCAUUCAACAACUGACUCUGCAUCUUACAGAUGAAGCAGGCAGCAACUGCAAAAUUACUGAUACAGAUUUCUAGAACCCACAAAAGCUCCAAUGACAAUGCCUCAUGUUGAAAGCUGAGAUACAUGAUUAUCUUCACUCCCAUUUCUGGUAAUGUUUCAGGACCAUUUAUGCAUUUACAUUUGCCACUUUCAGCCUUUGCAUAUACUACUUUUUUUUAGGUUUUUUUUUGGGGUUAUGUGCUUACUUAGAAACCUCUGUACACGUUGUUUGAGUGUAAAUUAAGAUUCCUUUAAUUGGUAACGCAUUUUGUUUUUGUUCUUGUUAGGAUGUAUAUAAGAUUCUUAAUUUGAUCGUUUUGGGGGUUUUCUAGCCUUCCACUUUUGGUCCCUUCUACUUAGGUAAGAACUUUACUAAGACUUGUUACAUGGAGACAUUUUGCAGGAGUAGAGCAAAUUGAACUCUGCAACGACUUGGCAGGCAAGCUUUUGAGCUGAUGGAAUCAAAUAAAUCUGAGAUUCUGGUUUAAACUUGGUAGGCAUAUAUGUUAGGGAGAAAGAGUAUCUGUAUAGACACAUACACGCAUAUAUAUAUUGUUCUGAAUAUAUCAACUAACUUUGAAUACUUGUUGGCGAUGAGUCUUCCCACAAUUUCAAAGGACCGGGUAAUUGAAAUGUUAAUGGUUUCUUCCCAUUUUGCUUUUUAGUUUUCAUUUGAUGAUUUUUAUACGAGAAUAGAGAUAGAUUAUUUUUCAAGGGUAAGGACUGUUUUCCAAGAAACAAAUAAUUGGAAACCUAACCAACGUAAAAAGAGGUUCUUGAGAAUUUUCUACACAAAAGGGGAUUUUCCUGGGUAAGAUAACAUCAACCAUUUUUUUUUUGUCUGUACAUAGUGUUCUCUCCCACUGAUCUAUUCCAAUUGAAGACGCUAGCUUUCACAAAAAGAGGAAGAUGUCAUCCCCAAAAGAGGACUGCAAUUUUUUAUUAUUUAUUUUACGCUAUCCUAAAACUGCUGCACCUUUCAUAUCAAUCUGUUGUAUU